AUUACAUGUGACACUGUAAUGACGAAAUGGCUUUGUUACGAAAGUAUGCUUAAAUGUCCAAAGUAUUUGAGAAAACGCACCAAACAGACCUAUGUUCCGGGUUUUGAUUCGUACAAUGUGUGGUUACCAUCAUUAGUCUGAAUAGGUAAGGUACGUCAACAAUGCAUUUCGCUGAAACCGUCACUCCACACCACUGAAGUCUCAGCCAACACCAUGGCAGCAUUAGGACUCCUAUGGCUUGUGAUCUCCACAGCAUCCAUCCUUGUCAAAUGUGAUGAAGAUGCAACAUCUGAACACAAAAAGAUCUACCCAGCAAAGAUCUUUGGACCAUCUAGUGUGACUGAAGGGGUAAACGUCACUUUUAAAUGUAGCACUACUGGCAUCAGAGAACCUGAGGACAAGUUUAAUUUUUACCUUUGCAAGAAUGGAGUUGGGAUAAGAAUUGCGCUGCUGCAGAAACUUGUAGAUGACGCUAUUUUCACCAUAAAGGAUGUUACAAGAAAAGACUCAGGCAACUACAGCUGUGUGUACGCCAGAGAUAAACUUGUACCCAGUCAGGUGAACUCAACAGGGGAGAAUUUAGUGUUUUUUCAGGUUGAUGGAGAACAGAAAGGACAAGGAAGAGCAGGACUGGCAGCAGCCUUGGUCCUCCUGUUUCUGACGCUGUCUGUACUGCUGUUACUGUGGAGGAACUGGGGAAUCCUGAAACAAAUGAUACACAUUGACCAUCAACCAAGUGAGAAUCAGGAUGCGGAUCUAACAUACAGUCUAAUCUCAGCUGUGCCAGUCGCAGCUGGUGUAAUUAGUGAGGUCCCAUUUGAUGGUGAUGAAGGACCCUAUUCUAUGAUAGGUGACUGGAGAGGGCUGAAAUCGUCAGGGAGACUACGAAAGAAUCCUGAGCCCUUGGGUUCACAAGGUGUGUCAGCAGGCAUGGGAUCGGUUGUUCAUCACUGUCCAACUGAUCCUACAGGAGCUGAGGCACUGUACAGUGUAAUAACUAGAGCACAGCAGGGUGAAACUGCCAUCUAUGCCAAAGUGACCAAAACAAAGAAGGAGAAAGAAAAACAGGACCCCGUUUACAGUCUGCCGAUGAAAACAUAAACAGAGAGGACACCAUGAUACUGUAUACUGUUCCAUUACAAAUACAGUAGUGCUAUACAGUAGUGAUAUACAGUAGUGAUAUACAGUAGUGAUAUACAGUAGUAUAUGACAUGCGAAAUGACAUGACAGAACAUGUGGUUUAUCUCCCCUUUUGGUCAUAGAAGUCUGGGGAUAUUAAUACUGUACACCUAGGUGUAUGCCAAGAUGUGUUUUUUGAAAUACUGCUUUGGUUUUGAACAUAUUACUCUGCGUUUGAUGCAGUCUGCAGUCUGGGUGCCAUCUUUGAGCCUAGCGAAGAUGUAGAUGACAUUAUUUCACCUUUUAUUCAAUAAAAACAAACCAGGCUUGAAUAAAAGCUAUAUAAAUUCAAACAAAGUGUUAGCCAAUGUUUUCCACAGGUUUGUUAUGCCAACAUGGAAAUGUGAAUUAAGACACACAAAUGAAUGAUAAGACAAGACCGAGACAUACAUAGAGAAAGAGAUGUGGACAAAGGAGAAUAUGUGGCAGGCUAAUGUGGUUACAGUGGUUCUAUAGAAAGCUCAGUCUAAUGGGAGAGGGAGACAGAGCUUAGUAAUAGACCAGCCACCAUCAUCAUGCCUCCCAGCAGAGGGGAAGAGGGGAGGAGAAGGGGAGA